ACUUCCGGUUGCGCCGGAAGCAGGCAAAAGAAGCCUGCGGGGAUUUGUGAAGGUUUUAUCUUGGACCGGGAGACUCCUGCUUGACCAUGGACCGCAGGAAAAAGCCUUUGGACGUCACGGCCUCCUCGUUGGUAGACCUUAAGGCUGAACUCUUUCGAAAACAAGAAGAAUUCAAACAAGAAAAACUUCUAAAAGAUUCUGGAGUUUUGGGAAAACCAAAAACAACUAAUAAGAAACCAAGUAUCUGGAACAAACAGAAUGCAGGAGUUUCAAGUCGAGCUGAGAAGGAUGCGGAACAGAAGAUAGAGGAACAGAAAACGUUAGACAAAGCCAGGGAGAAAUUGGAAGAAAAAGCUAAAUUAUAUGAAAAAAUGACUAAAGGAGACUUUAUAGAUGAAGAAGUGGAGGAUAUGUACCUUGUGGAUUUCACACAGAAGAUCAUAGACAAACACAAAGAAAUGGAGGCGUUUGGUGCCAACAGAGGUUCUAGAAAGGCAGGAGAAAGAGAAGAUGAUGACGACGACAAUCUUUCUGAAAAAGAUAUACCUCCUCCCCAGGACCCCAGUGAAGAAUGGGUGGAUUAUGUGGAUUCUUUAGGGCGAUCCCGGCGCUGCAUGAAAAAGGAUUUGCCACAUCUGCUGGAGAUGGAUAAAAAUCUUCAGGGGAGGCUUUUUGUUAGUCCUGCUAAUGAAAAAACCUUGCUAUCUGAAGAUAUGAGAAAAGAACUUCAGCGCCAGCAAUGGGAGGAAGAAGAACGGGAGGCCCUGAAAAGGCCAAUGGGGCCCAUACAUUAUGAAGAUAUUCGUGAAAAUGAGGCCCGGCAACUUGGUGUUGGAUAUUUUGCCUUUGCCCGAGAUAAAGAGUUAAGAAACAAGCAAAUGAAAACUUUAGAGAUGCUGCGUGAACAGACAACCGACCAGAGAACAAAACGAGAAAACAUAAAAGAAAAGCGAAAAGCUAUGUUAGAAGCAAGACUUGCUAAACUCCGACAAAAAAAGAUGAAAAAAUCAAAAGAUGAUGGAUCAGAGGAAGGAAAUAAAGAUGGAGAUGUUAUUGGGCCCUUACCACCAGAACCAGAGGCUGUGCCGACUCCACACAUUGCUGCCCAGAGCAGCAAAGUAGAAGUCAUCGUUCAGGAGCGGAAGGACACCAGGCCCGGAGUGCCGCAUAUCCGGGAGUGGGACCGAGGGAAAGACUUUUCCUUUGGGUACUGGUCGAAGAGGCAGUCAGACCUCCGGGCCGAGAGAGACCCUGAGUUUGCCCCACCAUCAGAUUACUUUGUGGGUCAGAAGAGAACUGGUCCUUCCAGUAGCCAGACGUGGAGCAGACCUGCGCCUGCACAGAGUGACGCGGAGCAGCACCCUGGCCAGAGCCGUGGCCCCAGCUGUUCAAAUGCAUCAUCCAUUCCUGCCCCCAGCAGCCCACCGCAAGCCCCCACGGUCACUUUUGAAACUCUGGACGAUAUGAUAUCGUAUUAUAAACAAGUGACAUGAACUUAAAAAACAUUCUGACUUGGGUCCAUACUGUUGAUGGUGUCUUCCUACCCGAGAGUGGAGAAAAUGACUUACCUUUAGGGAGUGAAUUGUAACUUUCUUUUCCUGUCCUUUCCUUAGAAGAUACAGUUUGGAUUUGUCAGCAAGGAACAAAAUGAAUGAUACCAUAGGAAAUCUGUAGCCAAUUGGCUGUUCAUUUAUUUCUAAUCGGUAUGGAGACUGUUCAUCUGGAUUUACAUGUAAGCUGCGAUAGAGUAGAAAUAUAAUGUAAUAUUUGACACCGAGGAGCUUUUAAUCCUGUUUUUCAUACCUGCUCUCAUGACAUACUCAGAUUUAAGGACUGUAUUCCUUUCCUUCUGCAAAUGCUAGCAUCUAGCAUCUUUUUUCAAGGAUUCAGCUUCCAGAUCAGUGAUAGAGCAUCUAUCAAACUGGCAAAUGAGGAGACCCCGUGCAGGAGGCAAAGUGAUCUAGGUUCCGAGAGGACCCUGGAGCUGGAAGACUGUUGAACGGUAAUGUUUGUAACUAUAAGACAGAUCAGGGAGGAGAACUUUGUAAUCCAGAAAGGUCGAAGUUGAAGUCAGUAACUUCUGCUGUCAUCCUAUCCUGAGUGAUGACUAUCAUCAUCCAUGCACAGUGGGCCUGCACUAAGUGUGUGUUGAAUGACUGGGGCACAUGUGGAAGCUGUUGAACUUGGUCAGAGAGCAAGACCCUUAGCUGUGUGGGUUAGUUUUUCAGCUCUGCUUGCCUUCCUGUUACUCCUACUCUAGGCCCUUGUCAUUCUCAGGAGCCAUGUGACCUCAGAAGCCUGACUGGGAUAGACUUGGCCUGCAGUGGGGGGCGGGUAGAUCCCUUCGUCUUUCCUAUCAAUGGGUCAGUGAGCAGGGCUCCAGAAGGACUACCUGUGCCUGGGUACCAUCCCUGUCCUGUGCCUGCUACACCUCAGUGCUGUCUUCAUAGCUGCCAACAAGCAGUAGGAGUUGGCCAUCAGGCCCCCAAGGCUCCUAUGGCUGCCUCUCAGGCCAGUGAGUCCUGUAAGAUGUGCUAGAGCAGAUCCUCCCCUGGGCUUUGUGCUGCAUGUGUUUUCUGCUCCCAAAGGACAGUGGUGUUGGUGUAAGUACCCUCAUUCUCACAGAAUGCAAAUUGGAAUGCAGAGAGGUUCAAUGACUUGUUCAAAGUCCAGUGGCAUCUAAAUGGCAGACCUAGGACUUCAGUACAGCUUAGGCUCAGGUUUGCUCCAGACUCUCCAACACCUGCUGUCAGUUUUGUUGCUUCAAUUUCAAGGAGUAUUAGACAAAAAACCCCAAAUUCCCCAGAACUUUAACCUCUAAACUUCAUAUUGGGCAAAGUUGACAGAGCUAUUAAUGGUCAUUCUGCAGCCUAAUUAGGGAAAUACCUCUUAACAAAUACACAUUAAAACCAACUGACCUGGCUGCUUUUUUUCAUAGAAAUUGACCAGCUGAUCCAAAAAAAAUUUAUAUGGAAUUUCAAGGGACUCAGACUAUGCAAAACAAUCUUGAAAAAGAACAAAGUUGGAGGAUUCACAGUUCCUGAUUUUAAGACUUGCCACAAAGCUACAGGGAUCAACACAGUGGUACUGGCAAGGAUAAACAUGUAGAUCAAUGGAAUAGAAUUUUGAGAGUCCAGAAAUAAACCCAUAUACUUACAGCCAAUUGAUUUUUGACACUGGUGCCAAAACUCUCCAAUGGGGAAGAAUAGUGUUUUCAACAGAUGAUUCUGGGACAACUAACCAUCCCCAGCAAAAUAUUGAAUUUGGACGCAUACCUCAUGCCAUAUUCAAGACCUCCAAGUGGAUCAAAGACACUAAAUCUGAGAUCUAAAGCUACAAAACCAACUGGACAAAGGAAGAGGAGACAAAAAGAAAAAUUGGGAUAUAAAAAAAUAUUAGCUAUCCUAGAAUCAUAAGAACAACAAGGAAGAAGGAAGACACAUGAGAAAGGACGUAUUUACAUAAGGUAGAACAGAAGGACUCGAGGCAAACUGUGGAGAAGGGGCAGGAGCCUAGUCAGCAGUAAGCCCGUGAGUAUGGGUGCCAGUGGUCAUGGCAGAGGCCAUCAAAUAACUUCUGUUGCUCGGAGCACCUUGGGUAGACAUGGGCAGUCUGUGCAUCCUGGCUCAUGGUCAUGGUCAACUAAUAACUAUGAGUGAGAUUUUCUGUAGGAUUUCAAAGACUUUUAACCAAUUUCCAAUUCCCUUUUAACAGCAGAUGGUUUAGUGUUUUGUGAGCCCAGCUGUUAACAUUGCCUUCAAAUGUUAACUUGGUUUUAACUUUCUCACCCACCUGAUCUGAAAGGGUGCAACCAGCAGAUGGCAUUAGAGGUCUAGACCUGAGACCCACACUCUGCCCAACAGAAACAUCCUGAAGCCUUUCGUGUCAUUUUCAAUUUUCUAGGAACCAUAUUAAAAGUGAAAUUAAUUUUAUCAUAAACUUUUAUUUCAAUAUUUAGUGUGCAAAAAUAUUACUGAGAUAUUCUACAUUUCUUUUCAUACUAAGUCUUCAAUAUCCACUGUAUAUCUACUUAUAAAAUUUCUCAUCAGGAAUACUUGCUCUAUAUUUAGAUUUCACAAAAUAUACAAUGGAGAGAGUAGAUUCAUAUACCUAAGUUGUUCCAAACAUACUUAACCAUUUUUGAAAAGCUUGCCAAUAGGGGAAUCCAAGUGUCAGGUUUUAAAUUUAAUAAAAUGAAAAUUCAGUUUCUUGGUCACACCAGCCACAUUCCAGGUGCUCAGACCCAUGGUCCAGUGCUGCUGUACUGCACAGCCUGACUCCUGUGAUUCAUUCUCACUCGCUUUGGGGUCUGACGGCACGUGGCCCUCCCGCUGGUAACUCCAGGGCUGACGGUUUCUUCCAGGUGUACAUGCAACAGUUAAGAUAUUCUCAUGAUUGCGUUUUAUCUUGGGAGCAAGUAGUGGUAAAACCUCUUGUCAGAAAAUACGACCACACCUUAGUCAUGUCUUUGUAGAUCUAAAUGAAAUGUUUUGAAUCACAAAUUGCUUUGAAAUAUUUAUUUUCAUUUUAAUCUUCAGGCCUUUGUGUGUUUUGAUACAGUUCGUUUGAAUUGACUAAAUAAAUCAUUCUGUUUGCUUGCAGAAAUCCCAAAGGAGAAACUUUAAAUCCAUAUACAUGAGAUUCCUGCUAUGUUUAGCUAUACAUUUGCCAAAGACUUGUGUAUAAUUUAUUUCUUAAAGCCAUAAUGCAGCCUGUGGGUGGUUUCAGCUACCCUGCAUUUUGCCGUGUAUAAUGUGUACAUUUUUGCCCGAAUUUUUGAGGGAAAACUAAGGGUAUGCAUUAUACAUGGAUAUGGUGAUUACACACCAUGGGUGUAAUAAUCCCAUGUGUAAUUCACACCAAAACAUGGGUGCGCAUUGUACCUGGGAGUGCAUUAUACACGGCAAAAUAUGGUGACCUUGUGACAUACAGAUGAGGCAGUAGAAUUUAGAAUGUGGAACAGAUGAGUACUGGUUUUUGCAGUUAAUACAACACAUAGUAGCCACUCCGUGUAUGUUUAGUUGUUUCCAGUCAGUAAAUUGAACUAAGUCAGUUAUACAUCAAGCAGUUCCUGUCCAAAAACGAACUAUACGGCUAAGGCAAGUGAUGAUCAUUGGAAAGAAUUUGUUGUCUGCUGAAAACCGUGAGCAAAAAUGAAACCCUUGGUCCUCCCCACCUGCUCUUGCAAACUGGUUGGUGAGGCAUUUUGUUGUAAAGGUUGGGUACACCUCAGCUAAUAUUUACCGUGUGUGUGUGUGAGGGGCAGGGCAGGGGAGGGGAGCGAACUGUGUAAUGGCUGUAGAUCUAGGAAAACUGGAAAAUCAAAGUAAUCAAAUGAGCAAGGUAGUUUUCAGUGAAAACCCGUCACCCAGAUCUGGUAUUGAUCUUCUGUUACUGUGUUUCUUAAUCAGUCCUAGGCUGCAUUCAUACAUUCAUGCCAGAAAUGUGUUUGUCCGGUAAUAGGGGUGGUUCAUAAUCUGUUUCAUCCUCAAUUUAAACAGCUUCUUUCUCUGCUACAUUUAUACCUGCCACUUUCUCCCAAACUCUCCCUAACUGCCUGGUUGCAGUUUUGCCUGGUUUUAAACAUUUUCCCUGGGGUAAUGUUUAUUUGUAUUUGAUCAUUAUCAAAAUAAGCUUCCCUGAACUUGAGCAGGGGGGUAGCUUUAGACUUGGUUCUCCCUCACCCUGCCCCUUGGUGGGGGAUUCCCGUGCAGGUUCCCCUCCACACGGACUGUGAAGGCCGUUGAGGUUGCUUAUGAAAACCAGAGGACACGAGAAAGGGCCCUUCUCCCAGCCUCAGUCUCCUAGGUCGCACGUGUGUCUGAGAACAGUGCUGCUGUCUUCGCAGGGGCCCCGUGUUUUACCGUCUUCUUUCUACAGUGAUCUUUACCUUAAAGACAUAAGGCUUUAUAGCUCCGCUUCCAAUUAUGAUCUACACAGGUUUUCUAUGAUAUGUGUAAUCAAUGGAAACAUGCCGUUUGGGGGGGUUUCCUUUCAUAUAUUAUUUCUAAACUGAGCUCAGUUGUUUGUAUUUUUUAAAUAUUUUAUUGUAUUUUCCCAUCACAUUUAAGAGCUCAGUUAUUUUUAAUUGCUGUCUAAUAUUUCAUCAAAUUAAUAUACAUUGUCAAACACUUGA